CCCAUUAGUGACAGCAGAUCUCUCCCGCUGCCUCGGACUGACUUUCCCUUUCCUCCCUCUCUCUCUCUCUCUCUCUCUCCCUCCCUCCCUCCUUUCUCUCUUAGAGGCUCCAUUCACUCUCCGCUCGCCUGGCUUUGCCGCUGCUUUACUCGCUCGGCUCCUCCGGGAUCACAAAGUUGAAGCGCCGCGCCGGGCCGGGGAACCAUGAGCGAGCUGGAAGAGGACUUCGCCAAGCUUUUGCUCUUGAAGGAUGAGCGGAUUAAGGAGCUGGAAAAGCGCCUGUCGGAGAAGGACGAGGAGAUCCAGGAGCUGAAGAGGAAGCUGCACAAGUGUCAGUCCGUGCUGCCCGCGCCCACCACCCACAUCGGACCCCGCACCACCCGGGCUCAAGGCAUCUCCGCCGAACCGCAGACCUAUCGCUCUUUCCACGACCUCAGGCAGGCUUUUCGGAAGUUCACCAAAUCCGAAAGGUCAAAGGAUCUAAUAAAGGAAGCUAUCCUUGACAAUGACUUCAUGAAGAAUCUAGAAUUGUCUCAGAUCCAAGAGAUUGUGGAUUGUAUGUAUCCAGUGGAAUAUGGCAAAGAUAGUUGCAUCAUCAAAGAAGGAGAUGUUGGCUCACUGGUAUACGUCAUGGAAGAUGGAAAGGUUGAGGUUACAAAAGAAGGGGUAAAGCUGUGCACUAUGGGGCCUGGGAAAGUAUUUGGAGAACUGGCUAUCCUGUACAACUGCACCCGGACAGCAACCGUCAAAACUCUCGUAAAUGUGAAACUUUGGGCUAUUGAUCGGCAAUGUUUUCAAACAAUAAUGAUGAGGACUGGCCUCAUCAAGCAUACAGAGUAUAUGGAAUUUUUAAAAAGUGUUCCAACAUUCCAGAGCCUCCCUGAAGAGAUACUUAGUAAGCUUGCUGAUGUCCUUGAAGAGACACACUAUGAAAAUGGAGAGUACAUUAUUAGGCAAGGCGCUCGAGGAGAUACUUUCUUCAUAAUCAGCAAAGGAAAGGUAAAUGUCACUCGUGAAGAUUCACCUGGGGAAGAUCCUAUAUUUCUCCGUACUCUAGGAAAAGGAGAUUGGUUUGGAGAAAAAGCACUCCAGGGGGAAGAUGUCAGAACGGCUAAUGUUAUUUCUGCUGAAGCCGUGACGUGUCUUGUCAUCGACAGAGACUCUUUCAAACAUUUGAUUGGAGGCCUGGAUGAUGUUUCCAAUAAAGCAUAUGAGGAUGCUGAAGCAAAAGCAAAAUAUGAAGCCGAAGCUGCCUUCUUCGCCAACCUGAAGCUGUCUGACUUCAAUAUCAUUGACACUCUUGGCGUUGGUGGGUUUGGGAGAGUUGAACUGGUCCAGUUGAAAAGUGAUGAAUCGAAAACCUUUGCAAUGAAGAUACUAAAGAAACGCCACAUAGUAGACACAAGACAGCAAGAACACAUACGCUCAGAAAAACAGAUCAUGCAAGGAGCUCACUCAGAUUUUAUUGUGAGGCUAUAUAGGACAUUUAAGGACAGCAAGUAUUUAUAUAUGUUGAUGGAAGCCUGUUUAGGUGGAGAGCUUUGGACAAUUCUCAGGGACAGAGGUUCAUUUGAAGAUUCUACAACCAGAUUUUAUACAGCUUGUGUGGUAGAAGCUUUUGCAUACUUGCAUUCCAAAGGAAUCAUUUAUAGGGACCUCAAGCCAGAAAACCUCAUCCUAGAUCACCGAGGUUAUGCCAAAUUGGUCGAUUUUGGUUUUGCAAAAAAAAUAGGAUUUGGAAAGAAAACAUGGACUUUUUGUGGAACUCCAGAGUAUGUAGCCCCAGAGAUCAUCCUGAACAAAGGUCAUGACAUUUCAGCAGACUACUGGUCACUGGGAAUCUUAAUGUAUGAGCUCUUGACUGGCAGUCCACCUUUCUCAGGCCCAGAUCCCAUGAAAACAUAUAACAUCAUACUAAGGGGGAUUGAUAUGAUUGAAUUUCCAAAGAAGAUUGCCAAAAAUGCUGCUAACUUAAUUAAAAAACUAUGCAGGGACAACCCAUCAGAAAGAUUAGGUAACUUGAAAAAUGGAGUCAAGGAUAUUCAAAAGCACAAGUGGUUUGAAGGCUUUAACUGGGAAGGUUUAAGAAAAGGUACAUUGACACCUCCUAUUAUACCAAGUGUUGCAUCUCCAACUGAUACAAGCAAUUUUGAUAGCUUCCCUGAGGACAACGAUGAACCACCACCUGAUGACAACUCAGGAUGGGACAUAGACUUUUAAUGUUUUUCUCUUACCUGCUUCUGCCUUGCUGAAGACAGCUUCCUGAGACAUGGCUGCCAGCAGACCUGAAGGAUUUGGGAAGGAUUCGUGCUCGGGGUCACCACGAUGCCUUGAUUGAUGCUGCUACAGUAACUACAGUGGCAUUAGGACUUCUUGCUUAGAUGACAAUAGUGCUCUUCAAAUGUUUUCUGUUUUGAACUUAACCCAGCAGUUGACAUGGUGGUCCUGAAGCAAAACCUUUUUCACCAAUAAUUAAAUGUGUUUUCUAUCAUGGUACUGAACAUGCUAUGCUCCAUUGUAAUUUGAAAGUUCAUAGAAUAAGAUGCACAUAACUCUAGCUAUAAGUUCAUUUUCUUUAUCGCUAAAUAUAUUCCAAACUGUUAAGUACUGUAGCUCAUUCUACACUGUAGAAUCUACGGUACAGUAACUGGGGUAACUCCCAAACUGCAAGUUGAGUGUAUUGAGCCUCUUAAAGUAGGCCAAUGUGUUAAACCAAGGAGGACCACAAAGCUGUUUGUGAAGGAGCUCACGUCAUGUAUAAGCAGUGCUAUAAUUUGUCCUUCUUUUCAAGCAGUAUACAAGACAAGAAUGAAUGUUACCUUUCUCCAUUUUUAGUUCUGAUGCGCUUUUCUUCCCAACUGAUAACAGAAGCACAACCGCUACAGUUCCAGUUAAACUGUUAAAGCAAGUAUGGGUCAGUCGAUUCUCCUAUCAUGUGUCUGAGAACGUACUAUAUCUAUCAUUUCUUUUGUAGACACAGAUACAUAAGAGCAUGUGAAAAAUUGUUCAUAAAGUGAUUCAUUUUACAUAUAUACAAUAACUAUCUUGUAAAAGAAAAAGAGGAAUAUUUAUUCAGAGAUCCUAAAAUCAAAAUAACAUUAACCAACCAGUCUAACAGGCAUUUACACUUAUUCUAAAAUAACAAUUACCUUGGAGAGCCCCCUGAACUUGCGAGAUCCACUGCAUAUUAUAUAGGUGCUAUGUUCAUCUUUCAUCCGUGAAAUAAAAUAAUCAAACUUUCACACUCAUUUUUCAGAAAAAAAAAUGUAGCAAGAAAUUUCACUAUCAAUUGAAACUGUGUGUAUGAGUCUGUGUAUUCUUAUACACACUCAUAUACAGAUGAUAUAUAUGUAUUUUCAAUGCUACUCUGCAGUACUGCCCUAACUUUGUUUUCCUUUUCUAUUUUCCAGUUCCCACAAAUAUUAUGCUCUAUUCCUUUUCUCAAAAGAUAAUUGAUCAAAUUUUCCUUGUAAAACAUACAGUAGCUCUUACAGAUUAGUCUAUAAACAUGGAACAAUGCAAUUGAAAUAGAAUGUUUCAAUAUCCCAUUCAUUUCAAAAGGAGAAUUAAAUCCACACUUAAAUAUCUCUUACUGAAAUUAGUAAGUCU